UUCUAAGCGAUCGGUUGUGUUAGCUCCGCCGCGUCAUUAGACAAUAUCAGAAUAUAUAUUUCUCAUCAACGAGAAAUACGUAAUUUUUGUUUGUUCGGGACACGGAAGCUGCUAACGCAAAACAAAAAAAAAAUAAAGAAAGAGAAUCCCGAACCCAAGCACGCUCCAAUAAAUGUUUAAAAAUAUAUAUGCUAAUUAAAAGUCCAUUCGUAAUUGAUUCUUUUUUUUUUUUUGUUGGCUGUUUUGUUAUUUUACAAACAUAUAAUCGUAUAUAGUAUAAUUUAUUGCAAAAGGCAAAUGCCGCGCGUAUCUGUUUAAUGUCGGAGCUAAGAAAUUCAAUUUAUUGUUUGUGAUUGCAAAUUUGACAUAAUUGUGUAUUUUGAUUUAUGUUCGAGCAUCUUUUUUUUCUGUUAUUGUAUAUUUUUUUGUUAAGUAAUAUAUUUACUUAUAUACAUAUACGUACGGAUAAGCAGCCACUGGCCGCGAUUAUCAUAGCGCAAUAGCAACGAAUCUGAACUCUCAUCUACAUAUAUACUUGUAAACAAAAAAAAGAAACAGAACUCUUCGACUGGUCAAUUGGAUUUAUUUUGUAGACUUUCCACAUUGACAAUAAUCGAGAGUUCAUCCCACCGCCAAGAUGAAGAUGACACACAAGAACUUACAAUUUAGCUACAUGUUGCUUCUGCUGCUGCUACUCACAGAGGUAUUAGGUGGCCAAACGAGUAGUAGUAGUAGUAGUAGUAGUAGAAGUAGCAGUAGCAAUAGUAAUACCAAUACCAAUACCAAUUCGAGUACCAAUUCCAAUGCUAGAACUCAUGGACAUGGACGUGGCCAUGGCCAUCGGCAGCGUCAUCAUGCGAGUGUGCCGCAUUCGCGUAAAAUGGUUCAACACAAUGCCAAGGCCGAUGCAGAAUUGCUGCCAGGUGUGACAAUGCCACCUCCCCGAUCGACUGAGGUGACACGUCUGCGUCGUCUUCAUCCACAGGGGUCCUACAACAAGGGGGUGGUGACACAUCGACUCCAUCAUCAGGGAGCCCGUCCCAACGAAUGGGACUACAAUACCUAUAAUGUAUACACCAAUACCUAUGGACCACCGCCACCGCCAGUGCCAUCGACAUCCUCAACGCAGGCUGGCAAGGGUGAGGAUAACACUCAGGAUGUAGAGUUCAUUGGAGUUCAUGGCAGGGGACGUGGCUAUGACUAUUAUCCGGCUGGGACUACCACAACAACAGCCCCGCCACCGAAUCUGAAUCGUCGCUCUGCCUCGCCGGGUUUGGGCAGCAUGGGCACGGUUCCGCCUCUGGUGCCGGCCAGACGUGGCUAUAGCUAUACGACAACAGCACCAACUUCCGUCACAGAAGAUCCUUACGAGACGAAUACCAUUGGACGCAAUUAUCCCACAGAUCCCAAGGAAAUGGAAAGGCGACACAUUUGCGUGCAGCAGCGGACAAUCACGAUGCCAGUGAAGACAACGGAGGUUUACACGCGACCCACUUGGAAACACGUGAGCACGCCCUGCCAGCCGCCCACACAUGCCGGACAGAUGUGCACGCGCGUGCAAUUGGUCCACGAGCAGGCCUAUCGUGAUGUGAUCAAGCAUAAGCCGGCCCAACAGAUGACCUACGAUUGCUGCACCGGCUGGACGCGGGAGACGCCGCGCGCGGAUGCGUGCAUGAAACCUGUCUGUGCCGCACGCUGUCAGAAUGGUGGCAAUUAUACAAAUCCCCAGACCUGUGCCUGCUCCUGUCCGGCUGGCUAUUCGGGUCGCUAUUGUGAAUCGGAUGUGAACGAGUGUCAGGUGGACAAACCGUGCGAUCAGCAAUGUGUCAAUACACAGGGAUCGUACUUUUGUCGCUGUCGACAUGGUUUCGUUUUGCAGGCGGAUCAACAGAGCUGCCGCAAGGCAUCGGCCCAUGCCGAUGAUGCGUUCGAGGCACGCGAUCUGGAGAACGAUAUUGAUGACAACGACGUGGAGGUGGCAACGCGUUUGCAGAAAAUCGAACGCUCGCUGGCCAAUGAGCGAGUGCACACGAAUGAGCUGCAAAAGUCUUUACAGGCUACCUACAGUAUGGUAGAUACCCUAAAAAGUCGACUUAGCACCUUGGAGAAACAAGCCAUGGAUGUGAACCGCCUACAAACGAAUCUCUAUAAGACGGAAUCACGAACAAAUAAACUGGAGGGCAUGCUAAAUUUACUCCUAAAAUGCCGAAAUGGACCGAAUGCCAAUUGCCCCUAGAUGCAAAAUAAGAAUAAAGAAGGAAAUAAAUAUAUACACCUUUUUUUCUACGAUAUACAAGAAAAUGUAAUAUUUAGUUAAUUUAAACAUCUCUUCAUGUUCAACUCGUCCUCAAAUCCUGCUCCUGCUUGCAAGCCAUUCCCGAACGCGAGUGCCUCUGCGUAGUUGUUUAGUAAUAAACUGCCUUCAAAGUUAGACUAGUACUUAAGCAAAAAGUGUCAUAAAACUAUCGUAACUCAUACUCAACUGGACCACAAAUAUUUCAGAUCUAAAGAUCUGGGUGUUUAAUAUAUUUUUCUAUAAGCCAUUAAGCGUGGCUUUUGCUUUGCAUGUGUGCAAUUGUAUUGUAUUGUGCAUUGAUUGUGUAUGUGUCCGGUUUAUUUUUUUCGACCUUCUUUUUUUUUUUGCAUGUAAAUGUAUAUAGAGUGUAAUUAAUAUAAAUAUUAAUAUAUAUACAUAUAUAUAUAACAAAGAAAUUGUAUUAAAAUAUGUUUGAUUGAUUUUUACUUUGGUAA